AGAUGGUACACGAUGCCAUCGCCAAGCCAAAACUGGCUGACAAUUACACGAAUUUUCGUAAACAAACCGAAAAUACUCUCAUAGAUGGCCACCUGGACACAAAAUGAGCCUACGGGUGUUUCCAAACGUAGGCGAUGGAAUCUUGAAGAUCGUGCCUCAUUGAACAAACUGAAGCAUCACAUUGCGGAGGAGGGAUGUCCACAGAUGCAAUAUGAUCUGGCCAAGGAACUACUUAACAAUGCCAUUGAACCCGAUAUUGACAAGGGCAAUCAGAACCAGAAGGCCGUCAAUUGGUUGGUAAGUGCUGCCCACAAUGGACACGAGGAUGCGGCAAAGUUGCUGCGCCAAUGCUACAAUAAUGGCAGUGGGAUCACGACAGAGAAUGCAGACGAAGUGCGUCGCUGCCUGGCCAUGACGCCAGGCGAAAGAGCUGCGAGAAAAGCAGCCCGGGAGCUUUUUGCCUGCCUUUCAAAUGGCAACGAGCACAUCACCCCCAAACAGCUGGAGCGCAAGAUGCGCCGCAUAUACAAUUUGCAACGUAAACGGCGUCGACGAGACGACGAUCCCUCGAGCAGCGAGGGAGAGCCAGAAACAGAGUGCGAGCCCCUGGAGGAUGUUUCCACAACUGGCCUUGCCAAUGUAGAGCGACGACGCCUCAUAACUGAAGCUCACCUGGUUUCGGCUGCUUCCAACUACAGUGCCGGGCAGAUGCCCAGUGUAAAUGAGGCCCUCACAUUAUCUGUGCCGGAUCCGAGGAGCUUGGACCAUGUACCUUGCUUCUACCGCAUGAUUUUCCACCCGCUCAUCUUCUUCACCCUCUUCUACCACCGGCUGCUCAACCUGAUUGUGUCCAUACCCAACGUCAUCCCGCUGAGCGUACGCUGCAGCUUGCUUGUGGCUCUCUCCUGGUGGAGCACACGAAGCAUGCUGCCCCUGGUCAGCUAUUACUUCAGCCUGGGCAUCAUGAUUUGGUCCACCUGUAAGAUGCUGAAGACAAAGCAGCAGUUCGUGGACUUUCGCAUCUGGUCUGGACUUUUUCUCAGCUACGGUGAUCACAACAUCGAGGCGGACAUUGCAGAGCAGCGCUUUUUGCGCAACAAUAUGAAGCCGUACCUGUAUUAUUUUUGUGCCUUUAUCUGCAACCUGAUCGUGUAUCCGCUGGUGACCGACGCCUGGCUCCCGCACUCGGAACUAACUAUUGUCUCUGGAGCCUUCACCUUCCUAACGAUGGGCGUGUCCAUGUACGCCUCCUCCCACCUACUGCCUGAUUGGCUAGUGAUAGUUUCCUUUGCCGUAAAUGUGCUUGCCAAGUACCCCUACGAAAUGGACGAAGUUGUGUCGACUCGGUGGCGUUUUCUGGAUCUACGCGUUCCCACUUUUUCGUCCUUUGUCAUCGGAAACGGGAUUGAGUUCUGUUUGAACUGCCGCACUGCCUUGUAUCUCUUUAUUCCCGUCCUGUUGGUGAUGAUGGCCAAGCGCUCCCGCUGGCAUGGAGUAUACACCUACCUCAUCCCGCACUGCGUGACGCUCAGUUGGCUGCAGGUGUGCAUCGCCACCUCGCAGAGCGCCACCAUGUUUGGUGUGAUGCGCGCUGCUUUAGGGUUGGCCGGAAUCGUAUUGUUCCUGCCACUAUUCGGAAUCGUAGCUCUUCUCGUGCCAGUCUUCGUGGCCAUUGAUAGCUUGGGCUUGGCCAGUGAGCAGCUGCGCUGGGGCAGCACUGCCAUUGCCUGCGGAUUGGUAGUGGUGUUAUCCUGUGUCCUGGCCCUGAAUCGAGCCACCCAGAAGUACAUUACCAUGCUGCAACUUAUUAUGGCAGUCACUACGGCUUGCUUGUUGGUCUUUCCCUACAUGACUUCCAGUUUCAAGGAUACGCCCCGUUUUAAUGCUAUGCCUAGAGUGGGGCUGCACGCCCUCUCCGAAACGGAUACGUUGCAGUGGGAUCGCUUUCACGCUCUUUGUGCCCAACCUGUCUACGAGCAGCCGAAUAAGAUAAAGGCGCAGCUCCGUUGCUCCCAUCUGAAUGGCAUGCCGGUGACUUGGGAGGGCACCAUCAAAAAAGUGGAAAUCUCACGGGUGACCAACAUGUUAGAGGAUUUGAUUGUUAACUACUUGCCGCCGUGGCUUGGAAAGCUGCUACGCUGUGUGCAUGGCGACAACAUAUCACAGCACUUCAAGUGCGAUCCCAAGUUGGAUAGCCAGUGCGAUGAAUGGAGGAGCGUUAUAAAGACAUUAAAGAUGCAGAGCGGAAGUUGCACACUACAGCGUUGGAACCGCUACGAGUACGAGCUGCUGGUGAAAGUGGGCACUAAGAAAACUAGCAGUCUGCUGGGUCGUUCCACCUCCACCGAUGUGAUCCUGCGAGCUCAUCAUGACUUCGGAAACUUCACCCGGCUUUUGAGCGCAGGUGAUGUGGUUCUCUUCUAUGGAAACCUGCGCAAUUCUCAACAUUUGGCGGACAGCGUGCAGGUGCAACUAAAGACCAUCGAGUGUGUGAAUUGCCAGUCCCCGGAUUUAGGCACAGCGAGCAUCGAACGUGUAGUGGCCGCUUCUCCCAUGGAUGCCCGUCUUCAAGAUCUUAUGAGGGGCAUCAAGUAUUUGUUAAACGCUUUGUUGAAUCCAUUAAUUACGUUUAAGUAAAAAGAAGACGAAGAAGAUAUGUGAGUUUCUUGAAAUUUGCUCACUUUUAUUUAUUGAUCCCGAUAAUGUUUGCAUUUUAGGAUCUGGGGGAUAUUCCCCUCGUGUUGAUUAUAUUUAGGUAAGCCAUUAAAGUAGCCAAAUUAACGAACAAUACAGUGGAGCCAAGAAUUUUGUUAGAUAAUACGAUUAUAUACAAAAGAAUAUUAAUUGUUAAUAUUGUAUUUAGUUUUUACGAGCCCAUAUUUUAUAUUACAGCAAACUCAUCGCUAGUUUUAUUUCUCUA